AUGAUGGAACAAGCCAUCACCAAGGAUAGCCAAGACGUCGACCUUGCCGAUGCAUCCGACCACAGCGCCUCCACGAUUGCUGACGCGGAUAGAAAGGACGAGAGAGAUGUCAUUGCCCAACAGGAAGGCAGAUUUGUGUUUGUGUUUCGUGCCUUGGUUGUAACAGUCUUGGUUCUUUCGGCCAUUGCCGUGUGCUUGGGAGUUUACUUCUACGCCACUGGCAAUGAAAAGUCGGCUUUUGAAACCAAGUUCGACUCGGAUGCUACAAAGAUAUUGGAAACGAUUGGAACUAGCUUUGAACAGACCCUUGGGUCUACAGAUGCCUUCAUCACACAGCUUGUUGCUUAUGCCCGAUACUCCAAUUCUUCCUGGCCUUACGUCACGAUGCCAGCCUUUGCCAUCCAUGCCACUAAACUCCUCAAGCUCUCCAAGGCCUUCUAUUUCACGGUCUUUCCAUUUGUUGAGCCCUGGCAGUAUGAUGAAUGGAUUGCGUAUAGCAACAAGACCAAUGGUUGGAUAUAUGAGAGUCUUGAUAUUCAGGCCCAUGAUAAGAGCUGGUGGGGUCCCAAGCAAACAUCCUUUACUCCCGUACAUGAGAUUUUUGCUGACCACGGAAGACCAAAAGACAAACCCUAUGACUACAUGAAUAACUUUCUUCCCAGCUGGCAAGUUCAUCCCAUGGUCCCUAACCGUGAAUCUGGCCAUCCAUACAACUAUGACAUCUGGGAUGUCCAGGCCAUGGCACGUGGCAUUCUAUAUGCUGACAUGCAUAAGCGUGUUGUGGUAACACCACAAGUGAAUGCCAUCUAUGACUCUACAAGUGAACAAUCCAUUGCAGCAGCAGAGAGUAACAACAGGUUUGCUUCAAACUACAUCCGCCCUGGUCUUGACCCUUCCGAGCCCUUCUCUGUUAUUAUCUUCCCAAUCUAUGACAGUCUUGAGACAGUUAGCCUUGAUCUCACCAAGAACCAUACCUUUGUGGGAAUUUCCACAUUUUGUAUCUCCUGGAGAGAGCACAUCCAGAACAUUCUACCAGAGGGCUCUGAUGGAGCAAUUGUGGUCUUUGAAGAUCAAUGCGGACCUGCCUUUACAUACCGUCUUGAUGGUCCCAAAGCAACUUUCCUGGGAACGGGAGAUUUGCAUGACCCAGCUUAUGAUGCAAUGAAGUAUUCUGCCCAGCUCCCAGACAUGGCCAAUGUUCACGGGGAAACGGAUGGCUCCUACUCAACAUACACAGGCCUUCCCCUUGCCGAAGACUUCUGCCCAAGAACCAUUUCUGUCUAUGCUUCCAGUGACAUGGAAGAUGUUCACAAGACUGCAGAUCCAUUGUUGUUCACAAUUGCUGCUGCCUGUAUCUUUCUAUUCACUUCUAUACUCUUCAUGGUCUAUGACUUUUGGGUGAACCGUCGUCAGCGAAUUGUCAUGCAGAGAGCCUUGGCCUCAGGAGCAAUUGUGAGCUCUCUUUUCCCUGAGAAUGUCAGGCAGCAGCUCUACAAGGAAGAAGAACAGAAAAAGGAAUCUGAAAAAGCAGUAAAGGAUUUUCUUUUGAGUUCCAAUAGCAUCAACAAAGGAGACGACAGCCCUCUCGAAGGCAAUGGCAGUUUGAAUUCUAGGCCCAUUGCGGAUUACUUUGAGAAUACAACCAUCCUGUUUGGUGACUUGGUUGGGUUCACCAAUUGGUCAGCUUCUCGGCAGCCAGUGGAAGUGUUUGAGUUAUUGGAAUCUAUCUAUGGCCAGUUUGACAAGAUUGCAAGGAGGAGGAAGGUGUUCAAGGUGGAAACUAUUGGAGACUGCUAUGUGGCAGUCACAGGAGUCCCGAACCCACAGAAACAUCAUUCAUCUAUCAUGGCUAAGUUUGCUUCGGAAUGCAUGAUGGAGCUGCAACAAGUUACACACAACUUGGCUGAUAAACUUGGUGAGGAGACACUCAAGCUUUCGAUGAGAGUUGGGCUUCACAGUGGACCUGUUACUGCGGGUGUGCUUCGUGGAGAAAAGGGGCGCUUCCAGCUGUUUGGAGGUACCGUCAAUGCUGCUGCAAGAAUGGAGCAAAAUGGAUCCCCUGGAAAGAUUCAUGGUUCACAGGAGUAUGCAGAUGCUCUCCGAACAGAUGGCAAGGGCCAUUGGCUGGUACCACGAGAUGACAAGAUUGUUGCCAAGGGUCUUGGAGAGCUUGACACUUUCUGGGUUGUGAUGAUUAAUGGUGCUGAUACCAUGUCACAUGCAACCGGCAUGACCCACACCAACAGCAUGUCAUCUGACGGCCCUGCCAUCGCUGUCCCUCGCCACUCCAUUGAGGAAACUAAUGACGAGACCUCCUCCAACUUGGAAAAGCAUGCUGAAGACAGUGUUGAUGUUUGA